GGGUGGGGGAGAGCACGUUUUGUUUCUUUUCACGCUGGCCUUAAAGAGGAUAUAUUAGAAGUUGAAAGGGAAGGGGUGCGAAGCAGGCCGAUGGCGCAAAGGUACGACGAUUUACCCCAUUACGGUGGGAUGGAUGGAGUGGGGAUCCCGAGCACCAUGUACGGGGACCCCCAUGCCGCCAGAUCCAUGCAGCCCGUCCACCACAUGAAUCACGGUCCUCCGCUUCACUCCCAUCAAUACCCGCACACAGCUCACACCAACGCCAUGCCCCCAAGCAUGGGCUCCUCCGUCAAUGACGCUUUAAAGAGAGAUAAAGAUGCCAUUUAUGGACACCCCCUCUUCCCACUCUUAGCACUGAUUUUUGAGAAAUGUGAAUUAGCGACAUGCACUCCCCGGGAACCCGGGGUGGCGGGCGGCGAUGUUUGCUCCUCAGAGUCUUUCAACGAAGACAUAGCAGUGUUUGCCAAACAGAUCCGAGCAGAGAAACCCUUAUUUUCUUCUAAUCCUGAACUGGAUAACUUGAUGAUCCAAGCCAUACAAGUAUUAAGGUUUCAUCUGUUGGAAUUAGAGAAGGUACACGAAUUGUGUGACAAUUUCUGCCACCGGUAUAUUAGCUGUUUGAAAGGAAAAAUGCCUAUCGAUUUGGUGAUAGACGAUAGAGAAGGCGGAUCAAAAUCGGACAGUGAAGACAUAACGAGAUCAGCAAAUCUAACAGAUCAGCCUUCCUGGAACAGAGAUCACGAUGACACAGCGUCAACACGUUCAGGAGGUACACCGGGACCCUCCAGUGGGGGACACACAUCACACAGUGGUGACAACAGCAGCGAACAAGGUGACGGCUUGGACAACAGUGUAGCUUCUCCCAGCACAGGUGAUGAUGAUGAUCCAGAUAAGGACAAAAAGCGACAUAAAAAGCGUGGCAUCUUUCCCAAAGUAGCCACAAAUAUCAUGAGGGCAUGGCUGUUCCAGCAUCUAACACAUCCUUACCCUUCAGAAGAACAGAAAAAGCAGUUGGCACAAGACACAGGGCUCACAAUACUUCAAGUGAACAAUUGGUUUAUUAAUGCUAGAAGAAGAAUAGUUCAGCCCAUGAUAGACCAGUCCAACCGAGCAGUAAGCCAAGGAACACCUUAUAACCCAGAUGGACAGCCAAUGGGAGGUUUUGUGAUGGAUGGUCAACAGCACAUGGGAAUCAGAGCGCCAGGACUGCAAAGUAUGCCAGGGGAUUAUGUGUCUCGGGGUGGUCCAAUGGGCAUGAAUAUGGGACAGCCAAGCUAUACACCACCCCAGAUGCCCCCACAUCCAGCUCAGCUGCGUCAUGGUCCCCCCAUGCAUACCUACAUUCCUGGACACCCACACCACCCAGCAAUGAUGAUGCAUGGAGGACCACCCCACCCUGGAAUGCAGAUGCCAGCAACUAGCCCCACAAUGCUCAAUACAGGAGACCCAGCAAUGAGUGGACAAGUGAUGGACAUUCAUGCUCAGUAGCUUAAGGGAAUAUACUUUAUCAUCAAUAAUGGCAAAUUUGAAAUACUGUCGUUCUUCAACGACUUAGCGGAGUUUCAUUCUUGGCAUCUAGUCUGGACCAAGGAACAAUCCUAUAUUUGUCUUUAUAGGGACCCUGAAAAACAGGAAAGACACGCCAACUGAAGUCAACUUCUGGGGACAUGCAAAAUAACUAUAUAAGGCAACAGAGUGGAAUAUUGUAAAAUGCUAUUAUUCUGUUAUCCAUAUUACGUUGUUUCUUA